UAUCUCUCGCUCCAUUUGCGAAAUUCGGGCACCCAAGAGUCAGGAGUUCAUACAAUUUUAUUGCGUGAAAACCUGAUGCACUGUUGUUGAGCUGAGAUGUGGAACUCGAUGAACCCCCAAAACGAAACCCUAAUAACACCCCCAACUUAUAAUUUCGAUAUUAAUUAUGAAAAUCAAAUUCAAAUUAACGAACCGCAAUCGCAGCAAUGGGAGGAGACAGCUCGAGCUUGGCUGUGCACGCUUCCCGAGGGCAAAAUUAUAAGCUCCGAAGAAAUCGAAGCUUGGAUUGAAUCGAACCAGGCUUGUUUGCCUGAUUAUAUUGUAUCCAUGCCUCGUUCUGAGCUUCACCAACACCUUGCUGCUAUUUAUUCUACCAUUACUCGCUCCCCUCAGGAAAAUGAUGUUAACCAGGGUGACCAUUCGCAAGCUCGAUUUCAGCGCACUGAUCAAUGGAAACCAGUCUAUACUUGGUUAGAGACUUUAGAAGAUACUGAGGUAGUGAAGUCAAAUGAUAUUGCAGACUGGCUAUCUGCAAACCCGGAUGUCAGAGAUGAUUUAUGCUCGAGACAUUCCCGCUAUCAUUUGAUGCAUUACAUAAAAAAGUGUCAUGUCAAACUUCUGAAGAGAAAGGAGAGGAAGAAGGGAUUGGCUAUCACCAAAAAAGCAAACACCGGUAUAAUGUCAAAAAGUGAAGGAAAAAAAUUGCCAGGGCCCCUUCCAUUUGCAGGCAGUAUGAUGAAUAAUAUACCACCUGAUAGUGACCUGUACAAGGCAAAACGCAGCGAGGCUUCACAGAAAUACGAGAUUUUGUUAGAUUUGGAGAAGCAACUUUCGUCCCUUUUUCCUAAGCCACAACUUUUGAACAAGUGAAUUUAGAAAUUACGGUGGACAUGUUGUGCAGACAGUACUUCCCCAAUAUUAAACUGAUGCCGAGCUUCUUCUGACUCUCAAGUCUCAUAUGGUUCAUAUGAAGAUGGAACAUGUAAAUUUAAAUCUUUGUAUAUGCAAUUCCAGUUCCUUGUAGUUGUAGUAUUAGAAUAAUUUAUGCUAAUUUUCUUAAAGUUCAACGCAACUUAUCCCUCUUGGUUAUAGUUGCAUAUAUUUUCUUUCAUCAAAGAAGUUGCGGAUUUCUUUCUUUCAUCAUAAGUUAUACAGGUUACAUUAGUAUGAGCUAGUAUCAGUUUUCGUUUGAUGUUAUAAAUAAUGUACAUAAUGGCGGAAUGUAAAUCUAGUUAACUUAAAAAACUGUACUAUGUUAUCAGAUGGUGAUGUUUAUUUGUUUC